CUCAGUGCUUGGACAGAACGCUGUACGUUUUCAGGAUAUUCUUCAUUGUUUUUUGUGACUUUUGAGGACUUUUUUCCCCAUAAAGGACACGGCACUGGUCACCCGAGCGUCAUGGCACCAUGGUACACAGACUGUUAGGGUUGCCAGGCUUCUCCCUAACUGUUUUGCUGCUGCCUCUCUUCCUGAAUGGGCUAGAGAUCUUGGAUCCAGGGCAAGUGGUGUACAGAGAGACCAGGACCAAUGGAGUGGUGGAUAAAGGAGUGAUUCUGGAAUGUGGCACCACCCUCCCUGAUGUCUACAUCUGGGGCUUCACCAAACCAGGCACAGACACUAUUCGAGCUGUGGUGUACAACUUUGGCAAGGGUCCAAAGCUGCAGCAACUAGCCAAAGAUUUGGGUGAUCUGAAUGUCAUCACCAACAGUGCAUCUCUGUCCAUAGAGAAGCUUCCUCUAGCUGCAGAGGGUUUGUACACCUGCCAGGCUCUGUACGACACUGCUGAGGGAGCCAGACUCUACUACUACUUUGUGUAUCUGCGGGUUCUAGUGCCUGUGUCCAAACCCUAUAUUCUACUGAGUGACUCCUCACCUGUGGAAGGCACAUCAGUGUGGAUGCGCUGUGGUCUGGAGAAUGGCACAGACCCUGUUAACUACAUAUGGGAGCAGGAGAGCCGCAGUGGGCUGGUAACUACACUGGCUGAGAGCAAUCGCAGUCUGGUCAAUGUCACCUGGGUCACCCGCAACCACACCGGCUGGUACAGGUGCCUGGCCAGGAACGAGGUCAACCAGCAGCGCAGUGACCGUAUCUGGUUAGAUGUCAUAUAUGGUCCAGACUUGCCUCAGAUCGAUGUUACACCUUACUCAGUAACAGAGCGAGGCUACUCAGCCCUGGAGAAAGAGACUGUUUCCCUUAUGUGUCAAGCCCUCUCUAAUCCUCCCAGUCAGUAUGUCUGGUUCUACAACAACUCCCAGGUCUACACUGGACCACAGCUCACCAUCACCAAGAUUCUGCGAAUGCAUACUGGCAACUAUGCCUGUCUGGCUCAGAACACUUACCUCAACACCCGCUCCAAGAAAACCAUCACUCUCACCGUCUACUAUCCACCAGACGGUGCACCAUAUUGUUCCAUCUUGCCAGUUAAUAACUACAAUGACUUGGCCCUCUUCUGUUCAUGGGAGGGGGGUUACCCUCCAGCUACGCUCAGCUGGAGCCAAUCUGUACAUGGAAACAACAUCCAAGGAACCACUAACAUCACCUGGAUUCAGCCAGGGCCUGAGACCACUAAUAACUCUGUAUUCACUUGCUAUGGCUCCCAUCUUACAUUAAAUGUCGCUCAACGCUGUAGCACUAAGACAUGGCUGCCCUAUGGAGAACCCCAGUGUUCAGCAUACACAACUCGCAAUAAUGAAUACUUGAUGCUGUCUUGCUCCUGGGAGGGUGGUUUCCCUCGGGCUCUGCUGUGGUGGGCCUCUGAUUCAGUAGACAUGCAGGGCACGUCUGAGGAGAACUCCAACAUCCUUGUGUUACGCUCCAGUUCCACCUACAGUGGCAAAGCCUUUGUGUGCCAUGCCAAACACCCACUAAAUAAAGAGAGCAAGAUGUGUGUGUUAAAACUGGAGGCACCAGUCUUAAUGACUCAGCGCAGUGUGGUUUCAGUGUACGAGGGCAAUGAUGUCCAGCUCACCUGCAUACUGAGCAAAAACUACCCUGCAGUAACUGAGAUCACCUGGUACAACAACAUGAAGCAGAAGGUAGAUAACAGUGACACACCCAAAAAGUACAUCCUUCAGCAAGCUGCAGCCUGGUCCAACCUGACGGUGCGGGAGACAGAUGGCACAGUUGACAGUGGUCAGUACUGGUGUUCUGCUAUCAAUGCUGUUGGAGGAGCAGAGAUCCCCAUCAGGCUGCUGGUGAUGAGAUAUCCAAUGCCUCCAAACGUGACCAUCAGUAGGAUCAUAUACAGCAGCCAUCGACGUACAGAUGUUAAUGUGGAGUGGCUGAUUCAAGCCGAUGGUAACAUCACCGGGUUCUUCAUUGAGCACCAAAGGCUCUCUGGCCCUCUCUGGCAGAAAGUGGCAGUAGAUUUGGAGCCCAGCACCCGCAACUACCAGAUCAACAACCUGGAUCCCUUUGGCAAAUAUGCUUUCCGCAUUACAGCUGUCAAUCACCGAACCAUCGGACAUCCCUCAGAGGUCAAGAGCCCAGCUCUCCCAGGCUUUAAUGCCUAUCCUGCUGUUAUUGGAGCAGCCAUAGGAGGCAUGCUUGUGGCAACAAUAGCUACUGUAUUGCUCUUCAUGUAUGUAGUGAGGAACCGCAACAACAACCCACGACUUCAUGAUUUGAUAUUUGGCAGGCAGAACAGCCAGUCCAGAGAAAAUAUCAACUACCCUGAGGAUGAGGUUGUUGGCGGAGCAGAAGGAGAGGGAGACCGAGGAGAGACGAGCCCCUCCACUAGUCCAGGACCAUCUAUGGCACUACCACGACCCACUGCGACACCCACCAACCUGCCCCCAGGGGAUGAACCAGUUAACGUCACCAUCACUGUGAUGGCCUCAAGCUAGAGUUUCAAUAUACAGCACACUACAGACUUCUUCAAUCUGAACACUGAAAUCUUACCUGGAGAAUUCAUGAUUCUGCAUUUACAAUAACGUGGACACUGUUUAGAGACUGGUUUUGUACUACAAGGUAGUUUUAGGUAGAAUUUUGAAGUCAUGUUUACUCGCUCAUUAUCAAGCCACUCUUAUUGCAUCACUGUAGCAUUUUCGGAACUGUACUUUCGAUAGAAAUACAAUUCUAGCAUUAGCAGACCUGGUCACAAAUACGUUGUUUAUUUCUGAAAACAUUU